CCUCUGGCGAACAUCGAAUGUUCGUGCCCCCACCGUGCAGUCGAGUUGAGUCCUUAUUUGCAAUGGCGUUUACGUAUCUGCGACGUUGUUGUUGCUGUGACGUGUCCUGGGGAACGAUGACAGUAGCCGUGUGGACCAUGGUUUGCUGUGUGAUGUCCCUAAUGCAAUGUGGGUACACACUGGCGUAUACGGACCCACGAACCACCCAGUCUGUUGUGGUGUACAGCUUUCUAAUAGUACUCAACGUGGGCUCGAUCCUGUCAGCUGCGCUUUUGGUUAUUGGCACAGUUCGAAUGAAUGAGGUCAUGCUGCGACCUUACAUGGUGUUUGAGACCAUGUCAUUCGUCUCCUACUUUGCGCUUGAGGUUGCACUGGUCGUCGUCCUGAUAAAUGGAGACUGGAAGAACUUUCCACUGUUUAGUACUGAGACAGGUUCCAUCACUUCUGACGACUUCAAAUUCAUCUACGUGACAGUGGCUGCACUUAUUCCACUUUUUCUCUUUAUCAAGAUUCCUUGUCUUCUCUGCGUCCUGUCAUUUUAUCGAGACAUACUGCUCAGCGGAAAAAUGUCACAGCUUCCCGUCAGCUACCGACAAGAAGCAUCGCCUCUACUGGACGACGUCGAGUGAAUCUAAAAUCAACGUGCCAUCAUUCAUUUUAAAUGUAGUUUUGUGUACCCUGAGUGGCUGAUAACAAGAAGGUUUCCCACACAUCCUCGAACUUUUUUCAUUCAAAUAAAAGAGGUUAACUUCAAAUUCGUCUCGAGAGGACCGGAACGCACAAAAUUUAUUCUACAGUGACUGUGCCUUUAGUCAUUGGUCGUGUUAAAGGCUUAAGGUCAAAGUUCUCCACCUGGUAAUUUUAAUCUAGCUUUAGGACCGAAACUUUACUUCUUGAUGUAAUACUGGGCGUUGUUAGCAAAAUGUGUAAAAUAAUUCUGCAGUAUUCAGUUUGUGGCUUCCUGAUGACGGAUGCAGCAACAAUAGCUCCCAUCUAAGAGGUUAUUGAAGCUAUACACAGAUUUCCUGUGACGCUAAAAGCAUCCAGGUAUUUGAUCGGUUUAGCCAUUUCCUACACUAACAUGGGUUGUAUAAAUUAAAGGGACUUCAAAGAAGUGGGGUAGUAUUGUUGCUCGACCUCUGUUAUGUUUUUGAAUUCUCUUUUGCAUGUAUUUAAAUACCUUAUUUAUCCUUUAAUAUCCAUUAUACACGCCAGGUUCACAAAGCUGAUUUGAAAUGAUCACAUGAUGUUUAUGUUGCAUUUACGAGUAUCUGCAGUCGUUUGUUUGGUACAAAAGCGAGAGGGUUCAUUGGUGUACAUGAACUAUUCUGCAUUUGUCCCAGUUUUUGUAAGGGCAAGAAAGGGAUUACGGCUUGGGAUCAUAUUUGUUUUUGUGAGCAUUUUUAUGAAAACGGGAUCCGGUUGGAUUCGUUUACAAAGCUGCUGUUACGUAGGUCCUAUGCUGAUGUAUUCGGUUACUUUAAAGGAUAAAAUGUUUUGUAGUAUGCCAUGAGGCGUCUCUGCCUCCCUUGCUGCAGAUACACUGAGAUCAUGGAUGUUGAAUAAAUGGCAAUAACUGUCAAUU